AUGACCAACAACUCGGCCAAGGCAACCCAGAACGGUACCGGUAGACAGGCCAGGCCGCCAUCUUCCAACAGCACCCGCUCCUACUGGCACCGCGAUCCAUCCGACCGGUUGUUGUGUCACCGCACUACAGAAGAGCUUCCGACCACAGCCGAUGUAGUUGUCAUUGGUAGUGGCAUCACGGGUACCUUUGCCGCACGAGAGCUUGUUACGGGAGGUCGAAGCGUCCUCAUGCUCGAGGCCCGAGAGGCGUGCUGGGGUGCAACAGGGCGUAACGGAGGUCACUGUCAACCCGCUGUAUGGGAUGCCCCCGCUGACGUUGCCCGUUUUGAGCUUGGGACCUUUGAUCUCAUUGCCAAUAUGGUUGCAAAGUACAAUAUUCCAUGUGACUGGCAAGUCACCGGAGGUGUGCAUCCCAUCUUCUCAGAAGAGGUGCUUGGAGCUGUUAAGCAGCAGAUGGAGCGCCUGAAGAAAUAUCCAGACCUCCAGGAUAAGGCCAUUCUUAUCCAGGACAAUGACGAGCUCGCUCGAAAACAUGUCCCUGAGGCUAUAGCUGCAGUAUUCCAGCCGAAUGCUGCAAAGUGCUGGCCUUACAAACUGGUCGCAUGGAUUCUCGAGUCUCUUCUUGAUCAUCACGAUGCAUCUAUGUUCAAUCUGCAGACGAACAUCCUGGUUGAUCGCAUCGAACGUGGUCAGUUGUCAUGGAACCUUCAUACUAAGCGUGGCCAGGUACAAGCUCGACAUGUGCUUCUCGCGACCAACGCGUACACGUCACAUUUGGUUCCUGGAAUGUCGGGCCUCAUCACGCCCGUGCGAGGACAAGUCUGUGCACUCGAGCCCCCCGCAGGCACCAUGCAGCUCCCGCAUAGCUACGUUUGGAUGAAGGGCGCCGACCACCAAUACUUGAUUCACCGUGGGCCAGAGGAUACCCAAGAGAGGUCCGCGAGCUCAGCGGAUAGGUCAAUCAUAUUUGGCGGUGAGCGACUGGCAGAGCGGCUUGAUGGAGAGGAAGGUGUAUGCAAUGAUGACGAGAUCAACCCGAUCAUCAGUCAGGCUCUACAUAGGUGCGUCAGUGAUGCACUCAUGCUACCUCUUGAGGAUGGCAAUCGCAUCAAAGCCAAGGUAAUGGAUGCCAACUACGAAUGGACGGGGAUCAUGGGCUAUUCGAGUGAUGGCGUGCCUUGGGUUGGUCGCCUACAGGGAUCUUUGAUUGGUCAUUCCAGUAACGAGGAGGGAUCUGGGGCUGAGGAUAUGGGGCUAUGGAUCAGUGCGGGAUAUACAGGGCACGGCAUGCCGGUGGCGGCAAGAUGUGGAGCUGCAGUCGCAGAGAUGAUACUAGGCAGAUCAGAUGGUAUUGAGAUCCCUGCUGCAUGGGGGGUGAGUGAAGAAAGGGCUUCAGCGGCGCGAGGGUUGGCGACCCCCCAAACACUGGCAGAGCUUCUAAGCGAACUGCCAGCCGAAUAG